AUGGAUACGAUAAAAGACGCGAUUAACACGCUUGUUGGUCGAAAACCAUCUGGACCAAAAAUUCGUUAUGCUGUCGUCGGUGGUGGACAUAUCAGUCAACAUGCAUUUAUGCCCGGCAUCGGUCAGACAUCAAAUUCUGUGAUGACCGUUCUAGUUACGGGCGACGAUGAAAAAGCAGAUACGUUGGCUGAAAAAUACAAUUUGAAAAGUUACAAAUAUAAUGAAUUCAAUAAGUUAUUGGAUGCGGAUGAGUGUGAUGCACUUUAUAUAGCGACACCGAAUGGACGUCAUCGAGAAUUUGCCGUACCCGCACUUGAGAAGGGUUAUCAUUGUCUUUUGGAAAAGCCAAUUGAAGUUACGGAAGAAGAUAGUCAGGCGAUUUUAGAUGCACAGAGAAAAAGCGGAGCAAAAUUAAUGAUUGCCUAUCGCCUUCAUUGUGAACCGGGGACAUUGGAUAUCAUUGAACGAGUCCGAAAUGGAGAUUUUGGAGAUCCGAGAAUUUUCUCAUCAAUUCACACACAAAAUUUAUUGGAAGAAAAUCAUCGAGCAAAAUUUGGAUUCGAUUCAGGCCCGAUUCCUGAUAUGGGAGUUUAUCCUAUUAAUGCUGUUCGAAAUCUGUAUAGUAUGGAACCAAUUGAAGUUUCAGCUGUUGGUUUUAAAACUCCGGGACGAACGGGAUUGAAUAUGGAACAUGAUACGAUUAACGUCACACUUCGAUUUCCUCAAGAAAGAGUUGCUCAAUUUACCGUUGGUUAUUCACAAUCAGCUAGCGGUUAUUAUAGACUAGUUGGAACCAAAGGCGAAAUUACAGUUGAUCCAGGCUAUUCCUAUGGUCCGGGAGUUAAAAUUUCGUAUAACACAAAAAUCGAGGGCAAACAUGGUUCAAAAACGUUUCCCGAAGUCGACCAGUUCGGUGGUGAAACUGAAUAUUUCUCGGAUUGUAUUAUAAAUAAUAUUGAACCAGAACCAAAUGGAGAAGAAGGUCACAUGGAUAUACGUGUGGUGUGUGCUAUCAAACGAGCUUUGGAAACAGGAAAAACACAAAAACUUGAACCAAGAGAACGUUUACGGCGACCAGUCGCAGCCGAUCAAGCAAAGAAACUCUCGUUGGCUUCUAGACCAAACGAUGCAAUUGGUCGAGAUUCAAAACCACCACAUCCAAAAUCAUAA